AAAAAAGCUGUCUGUAAAAAAUUCAUCCCAGAAAGCAAAGAAAAAUGGCGAUAGGGAGUUUAGCUAGACGAAAAGCAUCAACAAUAUUAUCAUCAUCAAGAUAUGUGUCUAAAUAUUCGUCAUAUUAUUUUUCGAGAAGUUUUGCAUCGGGAUCGGAUGAGAAUGAUGUUGUUGUAAUUGGUGGUGGACCUGGUGGAUAUGUAGCGGCCAUUAAAGCUGCGCAACUUGGUUUGAAAACAACGUGUAUUGAAAAACGGGGUACUCUUGGUGGUACUUGUCUUAAUGUUGGUUGUAUUCCUUCUAAGGCACUUCUUCAUUCCUCCCACAUGUUCCAUGAAGCUCAACAUUCAUUUGCUCAACAUGGUGUGAAGUUCUCUUCUGUUGAGGUAGAUCUUCCUGCCAUGAUGUCCCAAAAAGAUAAGGCUGUGGCUGGCCUAACACGAGGUAUUGAGGGUCUGUUUAAGAAGAACAAAGUGAACUAUGUUAAGGGCUAUGGUAAAUUCCUUUCGCCUUCUGAAGUUUCCGUUGACACCAUAGACGGUGGUAAUACUGUUGUUAAGGGUAAGAAUAUUAUAAUUGCAACUGGUUCUGAUGUCAAAAGUCUUCCUGGGUUAACCAUUGAUGAGAAGAGAAUUGUAUCAUCUACUGGCGCUUUAGCUUUGACUGAAGUUCCCAAAAACCUGGUUGUUAUUGGUGCUGGCUACAUAGGCCUCGAAAUGGGAUCUGUCUGGGGCCGCCUUGGCUCACAGGUGACUGUUGUUGAAUUUGCGUCUGAUAUUGUUCCAACCAUGGAUGGUGAAGUUCGCAAGCAAUUCCAACGCUCUCUUGAGAAGCAAAAGAUGAAGUUCAUGCUUAAAACUAAGGUGGUAUCAGUUGACACUGCUGGGGAUGUUCUGAAGUUGACCCUUGAACCUGCAGCUGGUGGUGAACAAACUACACUAGAGGCUGAUGUUGUUCUUGUUUCUGCUGGUAGGGUUCCAUUCACUUCAGGUCUUGGAUUGGACAAGAUAGGUGUUGAAACCGAUAAGGCUGGUAGAAUCUUGGUCAAUGAGCGUUUUGCCAGUAAUGUCACGGGGGUAUAUGCAAUUGGUGAUGUCAUUCCUGGGCCAAUGUUGGCUCACAAGGCAGAGGAGGAUGGUGUUGCUUGUGUGGAAUUCAUUGCAGGCAAAGAGGGUCAUGUGGACUACGAUUUGGUUCCUGGUGUUUGUUACACUCACCCAGAGGUUGCUUCCGUUGGGAAAACUGAAGAACAGGUUAAGGCCCUUGGACUUGAUUAUCGCGUUGGCAAAUUUCCUUUCCUUGCAAACAGUAGGGCCAAGGCAAUUGACGAUGCUGAAGGAAUUGUAAAGGUACUUGCUGAGAAAGAGACUGAUAAAAUCUUGGGCGUUCAUAUCAUGGCACCCAACGCAGGUGAGCUUAUUCACGAAGCAGUCCUGGCCUUGCAUUAUGGAGCAUCAAGUGAGGACAUUGCUCGUACAUGCCACGCACAUCCAACAAUGAGCGAAGCUCUGAAAGAAGCAGCCAUGGCCACUUAUGACAAGCCCAUCCACAUAUAGAAAGUGUCAUAUCAUUGUUUUCGUUUUUCCUUCGAGGAUCUUUGAUUACUUGGAGGAGAGUUUGUAAUUGCUAUAUCAUCCCUCAAGUAUAUCUCGAACAGAAGUUUACACUCCUCCCUCCUCUCUUAAUUUGGUAAUCAAAACUACCUCAAAGUUAAUGUUUUCUCUUCUGCAUAUUCAUUUCUGUAAUAACGACACGAGCUGCAUGUCGAGUUUAAUUGUCAUUAA